GCUACUGAGCCAAGCCUGGCCACCAAAAGCCACAAAACCAGUAAAACUUCGACGCAUUCGUCGCAUUGGUUCUGUCAAUGUUGAGACCAAUGACAGCCAAAGAUGCCAUUACAAAAGACCAUUAAUUGCUUCCUAUCCUAGUCUGUACAACGAUCCAAGGAUAAAUGAUAAAUAUGAACAAAUGCGGCAGCAAAUAAAUGCGAUGGAUUUUGCUGCUUAUGGCCUACACAAUUUGGACACAAUUCAAAACUGCGCUUCGAGUUGCUGCCAACCGCGGCAAAUGGCUGGCUUAUGCAACUGCUCGAACUACGAUGCUCAUCAAGAGGCCUUAGAAGAGCUGAAGUAUGUAGUGCAAGCACUGGAGAGUGAGAAGCAGUUGGAUAAUAACCACUAUGCCCAGCCAGCAGCAAGACAUGCUCGCUUGGAGCCAAUCCUAACCAGUUGCUCUACCGAAGGUGAUGGGAAAUAUGUGAAAAAUAGAGAAGUUUUAUUCACAACAUUGAAUGAGAACUUAUCGGAGCAUGUGGAUAUGGAUAUACCAGCAGCAAGCGAUAGGGAUGCACAGCUAGAUACGCUCACGGAUCUGGUGCGUCAGACCAUGCUCAAACUGGACAACUAUAUCGAGCAACAAGCGGAGCAGAAGCAGCAGAACAUUUACACCACUUGGACUCCGUAUUCAGAUCAGUCUAUGCUGGGCAAGCUGGAGCAGCAGUGCAAGUGCCGAAGAAAGGGAUUCAAGUUGAUGCCAGUUAUCAUCAUGCCUCCACCUGCUCCACCAGCCCCGCCCGUAGUCGCCAAGCCGCAAGCAAGUAGAUCUCGUUUUUCGCGAAAGAAACGCAUUUCAGCAGAAGCAUUUUCAAAUUCUGCAGUCUCGCAUAGGCCAAAGAUGCGCGACAGUGGCACCACAAUGUGGUGUCCCUGCACUUGCUGUUGCAAUAGUUAUGGCGGCGUCACCCAGAGCUUGACACAUUUACCCAACUCAGCAUACCAAACUGGGGCCUUACAGGAUCAAGUGAAAGUCCAGCCAGCAACUCCAAUUCCAAGGAAACUGUCUACUCAAUCCAGAGGAAAUAGUCGCCCGGCGAGUCAGUCGGCUGAACAGCAACAAGAAAUUAACGUUUGCUACUGCUCGGAUGCUCCUGGGCAGCGUCCCAGAUGUGGCAAGGUCAGUUUCCCAGCUACUGAAGAUGAGGAGGAGCAAGAAAAUAAAACCUUCAAGCCAGAAAUGAAGGCGGAGCAGGUGGCAGCGUCAGGCAGCUUGGAUGACUGGUUUAAGAACGCCGAGAAAAGUCUGGCCAUGUUGGAAAAGCAGGAAAAGUACUUUUCAAACAAUGAGUCCGAUCAUCCAAUGAUGACCGAGGUGUACACCUCUCACAAGCUAUUGCAAACGGAAUCCAGGAUAUCCAUGGGUAGGGACGUGCACUUCAUGGACACCUCAGAGAAGUCUGUCAGCACCAGCGACCUGCAACAGGAGAGGGACAAGCGCCUCAUGGGCAACUCAGGGAAAUCUGUGUGCCAGAUGAAGAUCGCAGCUGCACAGAAUCCUGUGAAGAUUGUACAAAUCUUCAAGUCACGGUGUGGCAGAGUGUUAUCCAAUAAAAAGGCUAAGAUUCGGUUUGUUCAGCAGCCCACAGAGCAGGCCAAAGGGGAGGCCAUAGUUGUGCCUAAAGUGAUACCCAACCAGCCGAGGUCCAGUCCGCCGUUACCCAAAUGCCGUGUGCUGAAAUCAAUGUGCGAAGCACUGCCCAACGAUGGCAACUGCUGUCGCUACUAUUGUCCACAGAAGGCAGCAAGAGCUGACCAGCUCCCCGAUGAGAUCUUGAACAAUAGGCAAGUGGCCCAAAAAGCAUAUAAGAUUUCCCAGUACGAGUCGGCAUGUGGCAAACGUUUGCGUGCCAAAGGUGGUCAACAAUUUCGGUUUACUUAUCCUACGCAGUGAUCCUCGCCGGAAAACUCAAAACAUCCGAUUAAGUUUUAGUACAUUUCAAGUAUUUCGAACUGAGAGGGAGAUGGCUACAAAAUUUCCAGAGCAAUGUUGAGUAGUACUGAGCCAGGAAUGGAUGCGAGCAGAUCGUGGGAGUCGGCAGUCAGAUACGACUGCGAUUCACAAGUUCAAUCUAGUCGUUGGAUCGGAAGUAUUUCUGAGUCACAAGAGAAAGCUAAUUCAGGAAACGGAAACUAUUUCGAGCCUGACAGCGCUGCACAAAUUCCUCAUGCAUGGCAUACUUCCGGAUGGGAUGCAUCACGCCAAAUGAAUCAUUCUGCGUCAGGUGCUUGGAUCGAAAAUGAAUCAGAACAAAAGCAACCCUCCCCAGAUGAUCCUCAAAACAGACCUUCAAUACUUAUCGUACUGAUAAAUAAGGCGGCAAAUUCGCAAGCGAGUCACAAACAAGCAGCAAGAGGCCAUCAACCUGGAGUGAAAUAUAACUAUUGUAAGGAUCAGUAUGCUAGGCAUAAGUUGCAACCUGUCUACAACAAGGCAGGUGGCAUGCAGAAUGGUAUAGAUAGCGACGACGGCAAUGUGGGAUGCCUAGAGAGAACACUUCAGGGUCUCAUCCCGAAUGAGGAGUGCCUCAGCUAUCUGAAGAGUCUUACCUGCG